UUGCCUAUCUGUCAUUUCCAGUUUUUCUUCGCCGUCGUCCUGGCCGUGGCCGCCGCCGCCCCGUCGGAGCUCUCAUACGAGCAGGACAUCGUCGAAAUUCUCCGACAGAACAUCAACCACAACGACGACCACUCCUACCAACACUCUUUCGAGAGCGAGAACGGCAUCUCUGUGUCGGAGUCUGGCCAGCCGGAGGAUGACGACAGCUACAGCGUGUCGGGCCAGUUCAGCUACACGGCCCCCGACGGCGUCACCUACACGUUGGUGUACUCGGCCGGCGAGCAGGGCUUCCAGGCGCAGGGCGACCACCUGCCCACCCCGGUGCCCACCCAGUACCCCACGCCGGAGGUGGCCGACGACGAGGAAGAGGAGGGAGAGCAGGAGGAGGAGGAGGAGGAGGGAGAGGAGGAGAGUGCUGCUGCUGGGGAGCCCGUCUACGAGAGGGUCAUCGUCGGCUACAGGCCACGGUACAACUAAACCGAUUCAAUCCUAUAGACUUGCAUAAUGUAUAUUCCUGUGCUCAAUUAAUUGUGUUGCCUGUUGGUUUUGAAGUAUGCUUCAUGUUGUGACAUUUGUGCUUUGUGUAAUGAUCGUACAUUCAAUACAUAUAUUGUGCUCAUACAACAUUUC